UGGGUAAUGAUUUGUCAUCGCAAGGGCUGGGGUGUCUCUCUCUGUGGAGGAAACCUUGGCCGUGAUUGACAGCAGGGCUGUUUUUUGCCGCUUCCCUCCCUGUUGACAAGUAAGAAUGAAGCUUUGUCAGUCCAUCAUGGACAUGGAUAUGCCAGAUUAUGUCGACUCCUUGGACUCCUCUUAUACCAUGCUGGAAUUCGACAACCUUCGGGUUCUCCCAAAUAACCCUGAGGCCAUCACAGCCGAAUCAGCAAACACCAACCUGCUCACCAACGGCAUCAGCUCCCUCUGCUCCAUCUGCGGGGACCGGGCGACCGGCAAACACUAUGGGGCAUCCAGCUGCGACGGCUGCAAGGGCUUCUUCAGGAGGAGUGUCCGCAAGAACCAUGUCUAUUCCUGCAGGUUCAGCAGACAGUGUGUGAUAGACAAAGACAAGAGGAACCAGUGCAGGUAUUGCAGGCUGAAGAAGUGCUUCAGAGCUGGCAUGAAGAAAGAAGCCGUGCAGAAUGAGCGCGACAGGAUCAGCAUCCGCAGGAGCAGCUACGAGGACAACGGCUCUCUCUCCAUCAACGUGCUCACUCAGGCUGAGGCCAUGGCGCAGCAGUAUUCAUCGCUGAGUCCGGUGCACAGCGCGGACAUCGCAAUGAAGAAGGUUGCAACCAUCAACGAUGUGUGCGAAUCCAUGAAACAGCAGCUUCUGGUGCUGGUUGAAUGGGCAAAAUACAUUCCGGCGUUUUGUGAGCUCCCGCUUGACGACCAGGUUGCCUUGCUCAGAGCCCACGCGGGGGAACACCUGCUCCUCGGGGUAGCCAAGCGGUCCAUACCGUACACCGAUUUUCUUUUAUUAGGGAAUGACUUCAUCAUCCCAAUGCACUGCCCGGAACUGGAAAUCGCUCGUGUGGCCACCAGAAUCUUGGAUGAGUUGGUGAAGCCCUUGCGGGACAUCCAGAUCGAUGACAAUGAGUACGCUUGCCUUAAAGCCAUCAUCUUCUUUGACCCAGACUGCAAAGGCCUGAGCGAGCCUGGGAAGGUGAAGAACAUGCGCUUCCAGGUCCAGGUCAACCUGGAGGACUACAUCAACGAUCGCCAGUACGACUCGCGAGGCCGAUUCAGCGACAUCCUCCUCCUGCUGCCCCCGCUGCAGAGCAUCACCUGGCAGAUGAUAGAGCAAGUCCAGUUCGUGAAGCUCUUCGGUGUGGCCAGGAUCGACAGCUUGCUGCAGGAGAUGCUGCUGGGAGGAACCACCGUUGAUCUCCAGUACCAGUCGGGACCUCCCAACCUCAACCUGGAACAGCUGCCGGGACCCGUCCUCCCAAGCAACAUGGGCUCUGUGAUUCACGCCGCUCCAAACCCAUCUCCUGAAACAUCCCUUCCAUCUCCUUCUACAAGCACAGGCAGUGAAGACUAUAAACUAGGCUCUAGCGCAGGACCCAACGCCGUAGCGCAGCUCUUGCCUCAGACAGUGAUACCCAAGCAGGAGAUUUUAUAGGGAGAGGUGGAAGGAGAAGCUGGGAGCAAUGUGGAAACCGUGCUGAAAGUGAAAUGGGCCCUUUCUCUUUGCAGAGGCAAAGCACGGCAACCCCCCGCCCGUAGCCGGAUCUGUCGGUCACACUUUUUCUCAGCCGUGAGUCGAGCACCAGGUACCGGAGUGCAGCAGGAGCCUCGCCACGGGUCUUCCACUUCACAAGCGAUGGGGGUUAAUGCUCUUCUCAGUAGGACCAAGACUGUAAGCUCUUUGGAGCAGGCCUUCCGAUUGCAUUCGUUACCACCUAGCCCGGUGUGAUCACGACCCUUUUAAAGCCUUCGGCCGCUAUCUUCAUGAAACCCCAUGCCUUACGCCGCUCCUGGUAACCGUUAAUGGGUACAGCGUGUCUUGAAUUGGCAGUAUGAAAAGGUCUAUUCCCAUUAAAAAUUUAAUUACACUCCCAUUUCUCCCGCUGCAUGUUAAGCGUUAGGAAGAGUAUCUUAAUAACCCUUAGCAGCCCAGUGCUUUCUCAUCCCACAAAGACGUGUCUCGUUCCACAUCGACCAGCUAACAUUUAAUGCCGGUCAGUGAUUAUUUGUGAUCAGGAAUGCCAGCGUUCGGUUAUUUUCCAUAAUUUCCAGUAUAUCUAGAGUCCAGUUGUGAGUCGUUUGGUGCGUCCUCUACUUUGUGUGCACAUCUAACGCAGCUCCAAGACGGCAGCAAGGAUCUCUGCAUCAGACCAUUAAACCCACAGCUGGCAGGAAGCUCGAGAAGCUGUUGACUUCCCAAAGCACGGCUUUGUAUCUUCUGCAAACCGUUAUUGCAAACAUAUUUGGAAGAAGCAACAGUCAUAACUAAAACGCCAAAAAAGACCCCUUUUCCCAGCACACAGAUAUGAUGUUGCUGUAGUUUUAGAUAUCUUUGCAACGUCCAUGACUUAGUUGUCAAAGUUCUAAAUUAACAGAAAAAAGGGAGAAGCAGGUCUCCUGUGAGGCAUGGAUUUUAAAGAAUAUUUGUAUUUAAAAACACGAGGUGCUUCUGCACUUCAUUGUAAAACUUGAUGAGCAGUAGGUGACCAACUACUAACCACGUUCCAACUAUUUAAAAUGACCCCACCGGAUGACUAUACAACCUCAAACUUCCCUAAAGCGCGGUCGCUGUGGUACGGUGUUUAUUUGGCAUAAAUCGAGCCUCAGUAGAAAGCAGACUGAUGGACUUCUACGAAACUCACGCUCAUCUGCCCAGAAGUCCAAUGACUUCCGUCAGACACCUCUGGAAGGGUUCUGGGCGGCCGUGCUGAACAGCAGGACACCACGGAGGGUUCUUUGUUCUGCCACAUCGCGCACAUCUCUCAACCCACGCGCGUCCCCAGUUGGUGGCAGAAAUGAGGUGACGGUGCCCAGCUGUGACUUUGUGAGGCUUAUUUCACUACUUUGAGGUCCUCGGAUGGAGGACACGAUGGAAAUGCAAUCUUAUGGACUGAAGGAGAAGCUGGGAAGAGCAUCUGACCCUUCAUCGCAAGGGGAACACGCUGUACUCAGGCCACCUUUCGUUCAUCGGGGAGACACUUGAGAGUCGCCAUCCUACAGCACAAGAGCCGUCUGACAGCCGCCGAAGGCUGGGCUGAAUUUCACCUAGGAUCACAGAGUUUUAUUUUUCGACUGUCUAUGAUGAAUUUGAUCCGACAUUCUACGCUGAUAACUUUGAUUUGAAACAGCUCUAUCUGGAAACAGCUGUGGCAGGAAAUCGUUCCUGCUGCCUGACAGAUGCAACUGCACUUACCUAACAUUGCUUCCAGUUCCUCCAUCGUGCAGAUUACAUUACUUUUCUAGAAAUUAAAUGCACAUUUAUACUCAUUAAUGGUACGAAAAUAAAUCUAUGGGGGAAAUAAAUCUCAUAUUCUCAUAUUUCA